AUUUUACAGACGUGAACCACAGUGCCCCAUCCUGCUGGCCUGGGUACUUCCCAGGCCGGACAGAAUGAAAACGAGGAAAUCCCCAGCCUCGGGGGAGAAAAGGGAACUGGCUUGCAGGGCUGUGGUGGGAGGAGUGACGGCCAAGGGGGCAAGUCCAGGAGAGGUGAGUCACAAGAGCUGGUGACAUGGGAUUGGCCUGGCCCCCUGCUGGACAGGAACACAAGAUUCCUGGGCACUGAAGACCCUGGCCCUGCCCACAGCCAGAACCCACCUGUGCGGGCCACCUGCUUGCCCAGAGCUGACCAGGAGAUGGCGCUGAACCCCAGGUUGCUCCCUCUGGUCCUACUGACUCUGUACUGGGAGCGCAGCCUGGCAGGGACAGAAGAUACUGUUCCACUGCAGACCCUGCGCUGUCACAAUGACUACACCAGCCGCAUCGUCUGCAGGUGGGCGGACACUCAGGCUGCCCAGCGCCUCAUCAAUGUGACCCUCUAUCGCCGGCUGAAUGAGAGGUCAUGUCAUAUACAAGUAUUCACUGCCAGACCCCAGCCCAAGACAAAGCCUGGCGCACGCGACCCUCUGGUGCCGGUGUCCUGCGAGCUCAGUGCUGGCAUGCCCGGGUCCGAAUGCCCACUUCCUGACUGCGUGCCGAGGAGAUGCGUCAUUCCCUACAAGUCCUUCGUCCUUGCCGACGACGACUACUUCUCGUUCCAGCCAGACCGGCCUCUGCGCGCCCAGCUCACUGUUACUCUGACCCAGCAUGUCCAGCCGCCCCCGCCCGAGGACCUCCAGAUCAGUGCCACCGGAGACCAGUUCCUGCUGACCUGGAGUGUGGCUCUGGGGGACCCCCAGGCCCACUGGCUGUCCCCAGGGGACCUGGAGUUUGAGGUGCUCUACAGACGGCUCCACGACUCAUGGGAGGACGCCACCACCAUCUACUCCAACUCCUCCCAGGCAGUCCUAGGACCGGAGCACCUCAUGCCCCACAGCACCUACGUGGCCCGAGUGCGGACCCGGCUGGCCCCGGGCUCAGAGUUCUCAGGGAAGCCCAGCAAGUGGAGCCCAGAGCUGAGCUGGGACUCCCAGCCAGGGGACGCCGCCCAGCCCCAGAACCUGCAGUGCUUCUUCAACGGGGUCGACGCACUCAGCUGCUCCUGGGAGGUGAGGUCGGAGGUGACCAGCUCAGUCUCCUUCGGCCUCUCCUACACGUCCAGUGCCAAUGCAGGCUCAGCUGUGCUCCUCAGGGAGGAAGAAUGCUCCCCAGUGUGGAAGGAGGAAGUCAGCAGCCGCUACACCCGGUACCGAUGCCAGAUCCCAGUGCCUGACCCCGAGACCCACGGCCAGUACUCCGUCUCUGUUCAGCCACGGAGGGAAGAGAAGAUGAUAAGGAGCUGGAUGAACAUCCAGAUGGCCCGACCAACCCUCAACGUGACCAAGGAUGGAGACGGCUACAGCUUGCGCUGGGACAAGGCCAAGAUGCAGUACAGUCACAUACGCCACACCUUCGAGGUCCAGUACAGGAAGGAUGCAGACUCGUGGGAGGACAGCAAGACAGUGAGCCUGCGGGACGGCCACACCAUGGCCCUGCCGGCCCUGGAGCCCUCCACCAAGUACUGGGCCAGGGUGAGGGUUAGGCCCACCCCCAACGACUACAACGGGAUCUGGAGUGAGUGGAGUGAGGAGUGCACCUGGACCACAGAGUGGGUGCUGCCCCGGUGGGUGCUGGCCCUCAUUCUCGUCCUCGUCACCCUGGCCUCGCUGCUGGCCCUGCGCUUCUGCGGCACCUACGGGUACAGGCUGAACCAGAAGUGGAAGGAGAAAAUCCCCAACCCCAGCAAGAGCCACCUGUUCCAGGAUGGGGCUGUGCGGCUUAGGCCUCCAGACAGCACACCGGCCUUGGCUGGCAGAAGCACCCCACCCUGGGGCCCAUGGAAUGGCCACUUCCCUGAGCCAGAGGGGAUCUUCCCCGUCAGCUUCGGGGACAGCGAGGUGUCACCUCUCACCACUGAGGACCCUAAAGUUGCCUAUGAUCUACCCCCUGGGCCUGACACGCCUCCAGCCAUCUCAGUCCUGGCCACGCAGCAGCCCUCUAGCUCCCAGGAAGGCCUGCGGGCCCCUUCAGACCAGCCCGAGACCCAGGCUUCCAGCUUUGACUUCAAUGGCCCCUACCUGGGGCCGCCCCACAGCCGCUCCCUGCCUGACCUCGUGGGCCAGCCCACGCCCCCACGGGAGGCUGCUGCCCCGACACCUCCAGCAGGGUCCCUAGAGUACCUGUGUCUGCCAGCUGGGGAGCAGGUGCAGCUGGUCCCCCUGGCCCAGGCGACAGGGCAGACCCAGGCCACCAAUGUGGAGGGCAGGCCAAGUCCGGGGGCCCAGGGGAGCCCCUCACUGGCAUCUGAGGGAAGCCUGGCUCCUCUUGCACCUGGGGCCAUGGAGGGUGGUCAGAGACCGAAGGACAGCCCGGAGACUCUGCCCCUAGACCCUGGACACCCUGAGGACGGGAUCGUGGCCUCUGGUUAUGUCACCACCACAGACCUGGCACUGACCAUGAACUCAGGGGCCCCAUCUGUUUCCCUGACUCCCCACCCAGGCCUACCCUCAGAGCAAAACCCCAGCCUCUGCCCUGGCCUGGACAGCGGGCCCCCUGGAGCCCUGCCCUCCUUGAAGCCAGAUUUGGGGGGCUAUAUGGAACUCCCUCCAACCAUGAUCCAACCCCCCACAUCCCCUCUGGGCAGCCCUGCCCCUCCUGCAAACAGCAGCCCUGUCCUUAGGCCCGGGGAGCCCCAGGCAGAUGUGGUCCCAGCCUCCCCGCACCCUGAGGGGCUCCUGGUCCUGCAGCAGGUGGGUGACUACUGCUUCCUCCCCAGCCUGGGACCCGGCCCUCUCUCACCCCGGAGUAAACCCUCAUCCCCGAGCUACUGUCCUGAGAUUGGGGACCUUGAGCACGGGGACACUCAGGCCAAGAAGCCCCCAUGCCAAGCCAGGCCCCAGCUGCCGGCCAUUCAGCUCUUCAAAGCCCUGAAGCAGCAGGACUACCUGUCCCUGCCCCCUUGGGAUGUCAGCCGGCCUGGGGAGGUGUGCUGAGACCCCCGGGGCUGGGGAGGCCGGGGAGAGAAGGCCCACCUCGCUGCCUUCCACCAGCCCCCACCCCGUCGGUCACCUCUGCAAAGCCGGGCUAGGGCGGCUUCCAGAGUUAGAUGGAGGCUGGGAGAGUGGGUCAGCUCUCCGCUGAGCCCUGACCUUCAGCAGAUGGCUUCUCUCCGCGUGUCCCUUCCUUCCUUUCCCUCCCCUUCCCUUCCUUCUGUCUCAGUUACGUGCACACGCACACACGUGUACACACACAUGUUUUUCUUUCAAGUUAAUUUAUUCUUGGGUUCUGAAGUUUACGAGCUUUCCGAACAUCAUCAUCCCAGCGGCUCUUCCUGUCCCUGUUUACCGGGGUUCCUGGCCUUCGCCGUAGUCCUUUCUUCACCGAUUCAUUGUUAGAGGGAGGUGGGGGACAGAGCUGUGCCUGUCCUGAGCCCGAGGCGCCUCUGGUUGUGUCUGAGGACUCGUGCUGCCGGCACAGGUGAUCACAGACCAGUGUCACCCCAAGACACGGGCACAGGAGGGGUAUGAGCAAGGGCAGGGCGUGGGGGGCUGGGAGCCCCGCUGGGUCUUAGAGGUGACUGUCAUCAUGGCGAGAUGUCACCGAUCUGGGCGAUGCUGGAUAAUGACCAAAGCGAAAGCCAGAACAGCGGGCGAUCGGGGGUGAGGAGUCUGGAACCCACAGGGCUGUCAGAAAGCUGGGGCGAUCGGGGGUGAGGAGUCUGCAACCCACAGUGCUGUCAGAAGGCUGGGGCGAUCGGGGGUGAGGAGUCUGCAACCCACAGUGCUGUCAGAAGGCUGGGGCGAUCGGGGGUGAGGAGUCUGCAACCCACAGUGCUGUCAGAAGGCUGGGGCGAUCGGGGGUGAGGAGUCUGCAACCCACAGUGCUGUCAGAAGGCUGGGGCGAUCGGGGGUGAGGAGUCUGCAACCCACAGUGCUGUCAGAAGGCUGGGGCGAUCGGGGGUGAGGAGUCUGCAACCCACAGUGCUGUCAGAAGGCUGGGGCGAUCGGGGGUGAGGAGUCUGCAACCCACAGUGCUGUCAGAAGGCUGGGGCGAUCGGGGGUGAGGAGUCUGCAACCCACAGUGCUGUCAGAAGGCUGGGGCGAUCGGGGGUGAGGAGUCUGCAACCCACAGUGCUGUCAGAAGGCUGGGGCGAUCGGGGGUGAGGAGUCUGCAACCCACAGUGCUGUCAGAAGGCUGGGGCGAUCGGGGGUGAGGAGUCUGCAACCCACAGUGCUGUCAGAAGGCUGGGGCGAUCGGGGGUGAGGAGUCUGCAACCCACAGUGCUGUCAGAAGGCUGGGGCGAUCGGGGGUGAGGAGUCUGCAACCCACAGUGCUGUCAGAAGGCUGGGGCGAUCGGGGGUGAGGAGUCUGCAACCCACAGUGCUGUCAGAAGGCUGGGGCGAUCGGGGGUGAGGAGUCUGCAACCCACAGUGCUGUCAGAAGGCUGGGGCGAUCGGGGGUGAGGAGUCUGCAACCCACAGUGCUGUCAGAAGGCUGGGGCGAUCGGGGGUGAGGAGUCUGCAACCCACAGUGCUGUCAGAAGGCUGGGGCGAUCGGGGGUGAGGAGUCUGCAACCCACAGUGCUGUCAGAAGGCUGGGGCGAUCGGGGGUGAGGAGUCUGCAACCCACAGUGCUGUCAGAAGGCUGGGGCGAUCGGGGGUGAGGAGUCUGCAACCCACAGUGCUGUCAGAAGGCUGGGGCGAUCGGGGGUGAGGAGUCUGCAACCCACAGUGCUGUCAGAAGGCUGGGGCGAUCGGGGGUGAGGAGUCUGCAACCCACAGUGCUGUCAGAAGGCUGGGGCGAUCGGGGGUGAGGAGUCUGCAACCCACAGUGCUGUCAGAAGGCUGGGGCGAUCGGGGGUGAGGAGUCUGCAACCCACAGUGCUGUCAGAAGGCUGGGGCGAUCGGGGGUGAGGAGUCUGCAACCCACAGUGCUGUCAGAAGGCUGGGGCGAUCGGGGGUGAGGAGUCUGCAACCCACAGUGCUGUCAGAAGGCUGGGGCGAUCGGGGGUGAGGAGUCUGCAACCCACAGUGCUGUCAGAAGGCUGGGGCGAUCGGGGGUGAGGAGUCUGCAACCCACAGUGCUGUCAGAAGGCUGGGGCGAUCGGGGGUGAGGAGUCUGCAACCCACAGUGCUGUCAGAAGGCUGGGGCGAUCGGGGGUGAGGAGUCUGCAACCCACAGUGCUGUCAGAAGGCUGGGGCGAUCGGGGGUGAGGAGUCUGCAACCCACAGUGCUGUCAGAAGGCUGGGGCGAUCGGGGGUGAGGAGUCUGCAACCCACAGUGCUGUCAGAAGGCUGGGGCGAUCGGGGGUGAGGAGUCUGCAACCCACAGUGCUGUCAGAAGGCUGGGGCGAUCGGGGGUGAGGAGUCUGCAACCCACAGUGCUGUCAGAAGGCUGGGGCGAUCGGGGGUGAGGAGUCUGCAACCCACAGUGCUGUCAGAAGGCUGGGGCGAUCGGGGGUGAGGAGUCUGCAACCCACAGUGCUGUCAGAAGGCUGGGGCGAUCGGGGGUGAGGAGUCUGCAACCCACAGUGCUGUCAGAAGGCUGGGGCGAUCGGGGGUGAGGAGUCUGCAACCCACAGUGCUGUCAGAAGGCUGGGGCGAUCGGGGGUGAGGAGUCUGCAACCCACAGUGCUGUCAGAAGGCUGGGGCGAUCGGGGGUGAGGAGUCUGCAACCCACAGUGCUGUCAGAAGGCUGGGGCGAUCGGGGGUGAGGAGUCUGCAACCCACAGUGCUGUCAGAAGGCUGGGGCGAUCGGGGGUGAGGAGUCUGCAACCCACAGUGCUGUCAGAAGGCUGGGGCGAUCGGGGGUGAGGAGUCUGCAACCCACAGUGCUGUCAGAAGGCUGGGGCGAUCGGGGGUGAGGAGUCUGCAACCCACAGUGCUGUCAGAAGGCUGGGGCGAUCGGGGGUGAGGAGUCUGCAACCCACAGUGCUGUCAGAAGGCUGGGGCGAUCGGGGGUGAGGAGUCUGCAACCCACAGUGCUGUCAGAAGGCUGGGGCGAUCGGGGGUGAGGAGUCUGCAACCCACAGUGCUGUCAGAAGGCUGGGGCGAUCGGGGGUGAGGAGUCUGCAACCCACAGUGCUGUCAGAAGGCUGGGGCGAUCGGGGGUGAGGAGUCUGCAACCCACAGUGCUGUCAGAAGGCUGGGGCGAUCGGGGGUGAGGAGUCUGCAACCCACAGUGCUGUCAGAAGGCUGGGGCGAUCGGGGGUGAGGAGUCUGCAACCCACAGUGCUGUCAGAAGGCUGGGGCGAUCGGGGGUGAGGAGUCUGCAACCCACAGUGCUGUCAGAAAGCUGGGGCGAUCGGGAGUGAGGAGUCUGGAACCCACAGUGCUGUCAAAAAGCUGGGAGAGACCACUUGACAAGGGACAAAGGGAAAGUGACCGAAGGGCAUCUAUGCCUUAGGGCUUUUAGAUCAAAUGACCCAGCUGCUCUCCACCCCCUCCCACUCACCACCCCCCAGGCAGACCCCUGCCUCCCGCUGCCAUGGGCCACCCCUGAAGACCUGCUGGUCCAUGUCCGGGCCUACGCUGGGGUUGUGGUUCUUUUCAGUCUCUGCCUUCUUGAUACCCAACUCUGAAAAACAAUGGCAUUAAGUCGCGUUCGUUUGCAUUACUCGUUGAAGACCACGUUUGCACACAUGUUCACACGUAUCUUGGGCAUUGGUAUUUCUUACUGGGUCAGCCCAGGCGUGCUGUGUGUCUUCAGCGUUCGCUUUCCUGAGGAAGUUCUUGAAGCUGUUUCCACACGGCCUUUCGUGGGUGGGGCCUGUUUUCUCCUUUCCUUUGUAUCCACAGUUUGACGCAAUCUUGCACACCAGGACUUUUGGUGCAAAAUUUACACCUCUGUGCUGUCAAAGCCUCCACUUGGGGUGCCAAAUCAUAAAGCCUUCGCCCCUGCCGGGUUGUCUGCA